AUGGCUGAUGAGUAUGAUCGCAGCAGCUACAGAAGGUCUGGUGCCGACGACGACAAGGAAGGUGGCUACAGCAAGACCAGCACUGGAGGCUAUGGCUGCAGUGGUGAUGACUAUGGUCGGGACACUGGUCUCUUCAACAAGUCCGGCAACGGUGACAAUCAGAGUGACUACAAGAACACCAACACCGAUGAAUAUGGCAGCACUGACAGCUACAACAAAUCCAACGCCGACGACUUAACCGGCGGCUACAACAAAUCCGGCACUGGCACUGAUGACUACAGUGGCAGAGGUGGCUACAGUAAAUCUGGCACCGAUGAGUACAGCGGUGGCGGUGGCUACAAGCCCGACACUGAUGACUACAGUGGCGGUGGCGGCUACAAGAAGUCCGGUGCCGGCGACUAUGGCAGCGGCUACAAGGACUCUGGCGCCGGUGACUAUGGUGGUCGUGGCUACGAAUACAAGAAGGCAAGCGGCAAUGAUGAUGGCUACGGCGGAAGCGGCUACAAGUCGAACGCUGGCGAUUACGACGGUGGUAAGAACACUUCUAACACUGAUGAAUAUGGUGGCAGCGGCUACAGCAACAAAUCAAGCACAGAAAACUACGGCACCGGCGGCUACGACGACAAGGCCGGGGCCGGUGGCUAUGGCGACGACCGCUACAGCAAAUCCACCACCGAUGGCUAUGGUGGCGGCGGCGGCGGCUACAACAAAUCAAGCACGGACGGCACCGGCGGCGACGACGGCAGCGGUGGCUACAGCAAGUCGAGCACCGAUGAGUAUGCCACUGGGAGAGGCAAGGCCGGUUCCGAUGACUACUAA